AUGCACAUGGAAACUACAUAUAGUUACGAGAAUAUUAUACUACAGUGGCCAGCAUUGAACGGAGGACAGGAAUUUACGGCGCGGGCGGGGCCGGCAGGCUACGAGGGGUCCCGGCUGACUGUAAUCAAGCUAGCAGCUCGCGUCGUUGACGCCACUCGUCAUUGUCUGAAGCUCACUCACCUUGCCUUGUCCCCUUCUGCCAUUCUCCCCCGCCAUCACCACUUUAGCUGUCAGGCAGUCUUACAUUCCGAAACCCAAACACCGCUGACAAUGGCUUUCCGUCUGCCCCUCCGCCGCAUUGCCCUGGCACGCCCCGCCGUUGCGCGUGGCUUCCACUCCACGCCUCGGGCCUUUGUCAAGGCAGGGGACGCACUCCCGAGCUUCGAGCUGUUCGAGAACUCAGCUGCCAGCAAGGUCAACCUGGCUGAGGAGUUCCAGAAGGGCAACGGCUACAUUGUUGGCGUGCCCGGCGCCUUCACCGGCACCUGCUCCACCAAGCACAUUCCCUCGUACAUCAACCACCCCAACCUCAAGAGCUCCGGCCAAGUGUUUGUCGUUGCCGUCAAUGACCCCUUUGUCAUGAAGGCUUGGCAAGACCAGCUGGAUCCUGCCGGAGAGACUGGCAUUCGAUUUGUUGCCGACCCAACUGCCGAGUUCACAAAGGCACUUGAGCUUGACUUUGACGAUGCUGCUCCUGUCCUUGGCGGCACUCGAAGCAAGCGCUACGCCUUGAAGAUUGAAGACGGCAAAGUCACUGCUACUUAUAUCGAGCCAGACAGUACAGGCACUGCCGUGUCAAUGGCCGAGCAGGUUCUCAACUGA